AAACUAACUAAAAAGAUUGGUAGUAAAUGGAGACUAGACUUUAGGUACAACUUUGGGUGCGACUUGACUAUAGCUCAGCUAACAAAUGAAGGAGAAAUGGAGUUCUUCGAAGCGUUUUUGAAGUUCUUCGACAAUAAUGGAGUGCCUCAGCUUCAUCCUAUUCCAAUACUCAACAGCCUCAUCCGAUCGGCUACCGGCACUCAGCUGAAUCUGCUGCCUCAAAAAUCCAACAGUUGGGUCCUAACAAGAAGAUUCUUCCUUGGUGACGACGUCAGCCUCACUUCCACGAACUCUUCUCCUAUCAUACGCUACGCGAAAAAUAUUGAGAUUUCCGUCGAACUGCAAACAACUCGUGACGGAUUGAUUUUUCCACCGUUUAUAAGCAUCGACUAUGCUGAAAGUAAUGAGAACAAUAUGGCCAUCGAAAACGGUUCAAGUUUUCGUAACUUUCAUACAUACAUGUAUUGGCAAUUUCAGGAAUUAGAGAUCACAAUGGCAGUGUUAUGUCCGCUGUCUGUUCUAUGGGCUGCUAUGAAAGCGUACAGUUGGGGUCGCCGUAGUGGCAAGGCGUCGCUUCUUAAUGCUACUACCGUAUUACAAUUCAUUCUAUACGAAUGCUCUGCGUUAGGAGACGUAUUUUUUGUGGUAUUAACCGCAAUGUCUUGUUGGAUAACAUUUGCCUACAAAUCGCAAACCUAUCCUUUCUACAGUAUUCUCAAUGAAGAUCAGGAGUGGGUCCUGAUGACAUACCUGGUCGUCACAGUCUGCCUGAAGUUCAUUGCACUAAUUCAUACCCUGCUACAUAUGAUCCUGCAGGAAACAUUCUUUAUAGACUGGGAACGCCAGUUAGCCCGACCGAUCUCUCGAGAUGUCUCUAAAGACCGAAAAGAAAUGCCAGUGGUUGUCUGGAGGACAUACUUUGUGGCGAACGAAUGGGCGGAGUUGCGUUGCGUUCGCGCCACAUCGGUCGGUCUACAGUUGCUCGUUGUCCUUAUGCUGCUUGAAGCCUUCGACUUCAUGCGUUUCAGUGUCGUUCAGCCUGGCUUUGAGGAAGGUUCGCAGAUUCUCGAUGGUACUAGUCUUACCCUGCAACACCUUUUUGCUGUGGUAGUAUUUUUCUAUAUUUUAACUCCAAUUUUACAGGUGGCAGUUGUCGAGCGGAUGAUCACUGAUCCCUUCCAUAACUUCAUUGACUUAUGUUCGAUUGCAAACAUAAGUGUGCUCGCUCUGACACAUCCGCUCCACGGUCACUACAUCCAUGGCAGAUCCCCACAUGGACGGGCUGAUACUGGGAUGGCAGAGAUGAACGAUUUCUUACAGAAAGAGCGAGAUGACCUCUGCGGUUUCCGUGGCCUCGAGCCCACAUCUCACCUUCAAACUUUCAUCGUCAAUCUCCCGGUGACAUUACGCAGUCGUUACGAUGAAAUCAUGAUGUCCAUGAGAAACUCCUCCGCCCAGGUUCGACUGAGCGGGCUUGAUCAGACUACAGCAAAGAUGGGAGCCACUGUUCAAGCACGUGAGCAGAUAAAUACGCUUUUUCGUGAGUUCAUCGAUCACUCCACAGCCGAUAUGGACUACACAAUCAGGGACCGAUCAUUCGCUGAAGCACUUCUCGACACGGAACUAAACGAUACCAGCCAGAUUGGCAAUUUUCUGAGGGACCCAUCGGAAGUUGGAUUUUCAAGCUGUUUUCUGUACGGCCGCGAAUGGGCUCAUUUUUCAUUUGAAGCGAUGUUGUUUGUUCUACUGUACAUUUCACUAGACUCCUUAACUUUUGCUGCAGCUAUUGUGUUUUGCUUUACGCACGGCUUGAUCGGCAUCACUUCACUGCUCUGCAAAAAUCACUUCGUAAAAAGCAGUCUAGUCGAUCAUCGAUUUUUAAUUUGA